AUCGCGCGUUGACUCAUUUAGAUCCGUUAACUUAAAGACAUGAAAAAUCUUAACAGCAACUAUACAUGUCUGGAUCUCCAGAAGAGCACUUACGAAAAUUGCAGUUUUUGGAUGGCAAACGUUACCGAUCGAUGGCAAGAUGAUCCAGCUUAUGAUGAUUGCCUGGCACAUUUCAACAGGCAUUACAAAAACUUUCUUCUUUCGAUGUUGAUUAUAAAUUCUACAGUCGCUUUUGUGGCUAUACUUCUGAACUUGUUGGUCAUUAUGGCUUUUGUCAAGACAACAUCUUUGCGAACCCCAGCGAAUAUCCUCGUCCUUGGUUUAUCUGUGUCAGACUUUGGCAUUGCUAUCUUUUCCCAACCGGUCUUCUGCGUUUGGCUUUACGCUAAGCUGAGGUGUAAAGAGAAUCUGGAUCAUAUCUUUGGUACGAUUUUUUAUAACAGUUUUUUGCUKCAAGCAUUCGUGUCUUUUGGCACUUUGACAGCCAUUUCAGCCGAUCGCUUCUUGGCUAUACAUCUUCAUCUUCGGUACCAAGAGCUYGUAACAACUCGACGUUACGCCAUUGUUUUUUCUAUUAUUUGGAUCACAAGUAUUGGUUUUCUYGUCUGCAGACUUUUUAUCGAUCAUUACCACAGAAUAAUUUUAGAAGUUAUGGAAUCCAUCGUUCUUCUUGCACUGAAUGCGUAUUUCUUUUUCAAGGUUUCUCAAGCCAUCAACAAACACUCAGAACAAAUAGCCGCGCAACAGCAUUCCUCACAACAUGGAAUACACAUCCCAAGAUACAGAAGAUCAGUCAAGACUAUGUACUAUGUGAUUCUACCCUUUGUAUUUUGCUAUGUUCCAUUCAUUGGAUCACUGAUAGCUGUCCGGGCUGUGAAGCAGCAAUUGAACGAAAGCUUGUGUGUCUUAUUGACAAUCACUCCAACGCUUYUGAUGCUCAAUGGUAUUUUGAACCCUUUGAUUUACUGCAUACGAAACAGGGAAAUACGUGAUGCUGUGUCUAAACUACUUYACACACCAUUUCUCGAAUUCGAGAAUAACGGGCACCCGUAAAUUAUUAAAUGCUUCAGGUCCAGUUAAAAUAAUUGUUCUCCGUUUAAAAGUCCGAAGGAGGCCCUGGCUCUGAGSGGCUCUUUCUCUAUUGAAUUGUCUUCAUUAAAUGUAUUCGUAGAUAACGUUGAAGCACUUGGUUAUUACAAAUACUUCGAGUGGCUACAUUUGCAGGGAUCGUAACUGAACCAGUAAUUAAGUAGUUCUAUCCCAACGUUCUGUGGGAGUGUAAUUUUACGUGACUAUAGUUCAAUUUGCGUUGAUCUCAACUGAAGCUCUUUAAAGAUGCUGGGAGCUGUUGCAAGUCAAUCAAUUUUUUUUAUUUUUUAUUUWUWUUUUUGUAGGAAGUAUUCCAAUUAAGAAAAAGCACUGAGUGCAAUAUAUAGUAGAGUUUUCUCGAAAUUUUCAUGAUUCUGUGUUUUAAACUGCAGUCGAUGUAUUUCGUCUUCUAUUAGUUGCGGUUACACUUUGCCAUUUGAUUUGGAUAUAUAGGCUGGAUUUACCAUGUUUAAWUUCCAUUGCCUACUAGACGAAGGGAUAAUGGAAUGAACACACUGUAUCUGUCUAGCUAGUUAAGUAAAUUAUGAUUGAGUUGUACUUCAAUAUGGAUGGACAACUUGGUAACUGUCAUUUAUAUUUGAGAUGCAAACCUUUUUUUCGACAGGUAAAAAAGCCAAGUGAAUUCUUUUGUCACAUUCAAUCAUUCGCUUGGCAGCGUAUCGUAAUGCUCUUUAAGUCAAUUAUUCACUCUAACUACUUUUUUCUGAAACGAAAAUUUAGACAUAUUAACAUCUACUUCAGUACCAGCAGAUACUUUUCAAGCUGAGUAUGGCAUGACAUCGAUUGUAUCCGGCUAAAGUUUUAAUUUACAUAAUUAUAUUGGGAAUUCCAAAA